UCUUCCUGUUUUGUGUCUCUGUGUAGAGUUGUGUCUCCUCCCUCAUCUCUUCUUGAACUGUGAAAUGCAGGAAGUGUCUGAUUUAGAGACGCAUCUCUGUUAAAACAGUCUGUUAAUGUGUCAGUAUGGGCUCCAGUGCACUGCCUCUCAUGAUCUUGCUGAUGUCCUUCAUCCACGCUGGACUCACUCAAGUAAAAGCUGUGCUGAAGGUGACUCCAGAUGAGCAUGUGUUCAGAGGAGAGACAGUCACUCUCACAUGUGACAUACAGGGAGCAGGAGACACUCAGUGGAUAUACAGAUGGUUUAAAGAUGGAAAACCUCUCAAUCUAUUUACAACAACAGCAGCAGAGUACAGUUUUACAGGUGAGGUGUAUCACAGUGCUGAAUACAGCUGUAGAGGAGAGAGAUCAGACUCAGAGAGAUCAUCAGACAUCAGUGCUGCUGUUACACUGACUGUAUCAGAUAAACCGAAGCCGACUCUGACUGUAAAACCCCAGAGUUCAGUGUUCACUGGAGACACAGUUACUCUGAGCUGUGAUGUGGGACAGUUAACUGGAUGGACAAUUCACUGGAGAAAAGACUCAGACCCUGAAUCCACGACUGAUGCAACUAAAACAAUCAAGUCUGUGAGAGACUCUGAUGAAGGAGAAUACAGGUGCAGAGCACGACGAGGAAACUACUACAGCGAGUUCAGUAAUACAGUUACGAUUACAGUAACAGUGAGACCCAAACCUGUAGUUGGUGUUGAUCCUGAAAGACGUGUGUUCAGAGGAGAGACGGUCACUCUCACAUGUGACAUACAGCAGACAGGAGUCUGGCAGUACAGCUGGUAUAAAGGCUACAAACAAGAUUAUAUCAUAGGACGAGACCAGAACUAUAAAAUCCCAUCUGUGGAUCUGUCUCAUCGUGGUUUCCCCAGAUCUUCACUGACUGUGACUCCAGACAGUCCUGUAUUCACUGGAGAGACAGUCAAUCUGAAGUGUGUGAUUGAGUCUCACAACUCUGAAGAAGAGAGAGAAUGUAGAGAUGUGUCCACUGAUCAGAUAGGUGACCUUAUUUCUAAACCGAUUGACGUACCAUUACCUCCUCAACCACCUGAGUUUCAUGAAGACAGACUGCAAUUUGAAAAUGGAGAGGUUGCCCAGGGCAUGGGUAGCAUUGAGGAGCAUCUUGCUGAUCUCGAGCAUCGUAUCAGUGGACUGGUUACCAUCGAAACUAUGAAGGCAGAGUUACAGGCGUGUGAAGACAAAAUGAGCUAUGGCUUGCAAAGAGAGUUGGAUCAUGUUAAAUAG